CCUCAGUCUGUCAGAGCGUCGGGUCGCCAUUGUUACCGCUUCUGACUUGGGUACUUGGAGCUGAUGCCCGGCUCCUUGCCCGGGGACAGCCCUACCUCACCCUUAGCGAGGUCUCCGCCACCCCUCCCGGCGUCCGUACACAGAAGUGGCGGAGGCCCCGAGCUCCGAUUCCAGCCCGUUCCGCUAUGAGCAAAAGGAAGGCGCCGCAGGAGACCCUCAACGCGGGGAUCACCGACUUCCUGACGGAACUUGCAAACUACGAGAAGAAUGUGAACCGAGCAAUCCACAAGUACAAUGCUUACAGAAAAGCAGCCUCUGUGAUAGCCAAGUACCCAAGCAAAAUAAAGAGUGGAGCAGAAGCAAAGAAACUGGAUGGAGUAGGAGCAAAAAUUGCUGAGAAGAUUGAUGAGUUUUUAACUACUGGAAAAUUACGUAAACUGGAAAAGAUUAGGCAGGAUGAUACAAGUUCAUCCAUCAAUUUCCUGACACGAGUUAGUGGUAUUGGUCCAUCUGCUGCAAGGAAACUUGUAGAUGAAGGAAUUAAAACAUUGGAUGAUCUUAGGAAAAAUGAAAACAAAUUGAACCAUCAUCAGCGAAUUGGACUGAGAUAUUUUGAAGACUUUGAGAAGAGAAUUCCCAGGGAAGAGAUGUUACAAAUGCAAGAUAUUGUAUUGAAUGAAAUUAAGAAAGUUGAUCCAAAAUACAUUGCUACAGUCUGUGGAAGUUUCCGCCGAGGUGCAGAGUCAAGUGGAGAUAUGGAUAUUCUCCUCACCCAUCCUAGCUUCACUUCUGAGUCAGCUAAACAGCCCAAGCUGUUGCAUCAAGUUGUAGAACAACUACAGAAAGUACACUUCAUCACAGAUACUCUGUCAAAGGGGGACACAAAGUUUAUGGGUGUGUGUCAGCUAUCAAGUGAAGUUGACGAUGUUGCAUAUCCAUAUAGAAGAAUUGAUAUCAGGUUGAUUCCCAAGGACCAGUAUUACUGUGGUGUUCUUUACUUUACUGGCAGUGAUAUUUUCAAUAAGAAUAUGAGGGCCCAUGCCCUAGAAAAGGGUUUCACAAUCAAUGAGUAUACAAUCCGGCCCUUGGGAGUCACUGGAGUUGCUGGAGAACCCCUCCCAGUGGACAGUGAGAAAGACAUCUUUGACUAUAUCCAGUGGAAAUACCGAGAACCCAAGGACAGAAGCGAGUGAUGCCUUUAUUGAUGCCAAGAAUCACCACACAGCAGUCUUUAUUUCUUGAACUUUACUGUGUAAGGGUCCUUACUGUUUAUAAGUGAUAACUUCCUUUUCACUUUUUAGCCUUGUAAUCAUUAAACUAUCCAGCACAAUCAAGUUGUAUUAUUCUUAUUUUAUUAGCAAAUAGAUCAGUUUAAAUAUACAUAUUUUAUUCAUGUUUAUUCUUUUUGAAGGGUUUAAGAUAAAUACCAUGAAGAGAGAGAAGGAAAACUGGUUGAUCUCUGCUAGAGAUUUUACUCUGUCACUUUGUGCCCUACUUAAGAAGGAUUUCUCAGUGCUGUUUCCUAGGCCCUAACUGUACUUCAACCAGAUACCUUAUGCUUGGGCUUCAGGAAACAAUGGCUUAUUAGGGGUUUUUUAAGUCUAUUUCAUUCUUCUGUUGAUCUCACAACUAAUACUUGUAACCUAAACAGCUAUAAUGUCCCUUGAAAAGAAACUAGCACCAGCAAAUUGGCUAAGUCAAACUAGUUCAUCUUUCUGUGUUUACAAGAAUUAAAUUAUGCCCUCUUCACUUUUUUUGGCAUUAUCAUUCAAGUGUUAUGAAUAAAAAUCACAAGUAGGAAGGCCAGGGUUUUUUUAAGUGAAAUGUGUAUUUUUCAGUUCUAGAAUUCCUUGGGAGUUAUAAUUCCAUAAC